AUGGAGAGUCCGCAGGUCCCGGGGAAACCGCUGUCAACCAGGAGAGCCAGCUCUCUGGACAGGUUGCAGGAGUCUUUGGAUGGUCAGCGUCCUUCUACGCACAGCGCCCCCUCCAAGAGGGGACUUCGCCGGACGGUCAGCGAUGGGGCCCCAUGCUCCCAGAGCCUAGCUCAGUCUCCGGAGGGCCGAGGCACCUCGGCCGCUGCCCUCGGUCUGGAAGAGACCCAGAAGUUUAUCCCCAGUGAGCAGAAGUCGGCCCGGGACACCAAGAAGGACAAAGCCCAUAGGCGGACCCAGUCCGGGUGGCUGAAAACUCUGCUCAACUUCUUCCUGAGGACAAGCCCCGAGGAGCCCAAGGAAAAGGCCAGCAAGAGGCCCAAGGGGAGGGAGAACCUCUCCCAGCCCGCAGCGUCCCCCGGGACCCCCAGGACCCCCGGGGAGCCAGUCAUCAGGAAGAAAUCCCAUGAGAAGAAGGUGAGCCGCAGGAAAGCAAAGAAACACGCUGCCGAGGAAAGCAAGGGGACCCAGGGUCAGGAAGUCUCGGGCCAGGAGGCCCAGGUGGCUGCCUCAGACCCCGAGUUUAUGGAUCUGGGCCAAGCUCACAGGGGCUGGGAAGAUCCUGAUCUCCAGGAGUCCUUGUUCAUUGAAGGAGGAUCGGCUGGGGUCGUGGAUGAGUCUUCCCAAGCCACUGGCCACGGGCGAGGAGGAGACCAACAGCCUGACAAGGACGCAAUCAUCCAGAUGAUAGUGGAGUUUCUCCAGAAAGUGGGAGACGACUGGGAAAAACAGAGACUUCAAGCCCUACAGCCUGGGCUGGCAGUUCAAACCCCGGCCCCCGCCGCUGUCAGGAAGAAAUCCUCAGAGAGAAAGGCCAGCUUCCGGAGACCCUUUGCACAUAAGAAGCAUGAUCCCGAGGCCCGGCCACCCAAGAGGCCCAGCUUUCUGCCCCUGUGUGUUGGUGGCCAUCGGCCCUCCACCUCCAGCAGCACUGACUUGGAAGACCCUCAAGGCCCAGAGACCCUGUCUACAGAUCUGAAGGAUCCCAGCCUCUCUGAGCUCAGCGUGGGAGCAGGACAAGGGCCUGACCUGGGGCCUGAGGAGGAGCUGCAGCGGGACAGAGCCUCGGAAUCCAACGAAUUCUUUCAGAGGAUCAUUGCCCUCCUGGAGGAGCCGGGGCUAGAGAAGCGACUUCAAACACCGCAGUCAGAGGUGGCUGUAGAAAGCCUGUCCCCAGCCGCCAGGAAGAAAUCUCCAGAGAAAAAAUCUACCUUCAGGAGAGCCUUUUCUCAUAAGAAGCAUGGCUACAAGGAGCCCAAGAGAGCAGGGGCUACGGAUGUUUCCAGUCCAGAAGCCCGACCUCCCAAGAGACCCAGCUUCCUGCCGCUCUGCGUUGGUGGCCACCGGCCCUCCAUCUCCGGCAGCCUUGACUCGGGGGAUGCCGAUCUCCGGAAGCCCUCAUCCGCAGAAGGGGGACCAGUGGGCUGCUUAGACUCACCCUCCCAGAGCAGAAGCCACAAGCCAGAAGGGGAGCCACAGCUGGACGGAGAAAGUGAACCCCGAGAGCUGAUCAUCCAGGAGCUGGUGGCGCUUCUUCAGGCGCUGGACGGCCAGCUGGGCAAGCAGAUCCGGCGACACCCCAGCUUUAAGAGGUUUCUUUACAAGCUCUCCGACUCCUCCCUCAGAAAGCUGGCGGCUACUCUACAGAGCCAGGCGGCCCACUCGGCAGAGCCCAGCAGAAACCUGGAUGAGAGACGCUACCAGUUUGCCGCUAGCCUGGUGAAUGUGUUUGCUGGCAACAACAGCCACGCUGUCCGCAGCCUCAUGGGCCUCCGACGCCCCUACAGCCGCCAUGUGUACGCCCAGUUUCCAUAUAAGGAGGCCCAGCAGAACAUCACAAGUCCUGAUGUCCAAAGCCCAGAUUGA